AUGUUCGCCGCGGCGAAGCGCGGCCACCUGCACGUUCUGAGAUGGAUUCGAGAGGAGGUAUGCGACGACGACGACGUGUGGGACUGGCCGUCCAUCUGCGCGGACGCCGCGACGGGCGGUCACUUGCGCGUGCUGAAAUUCGCGCGCGAGGAAUGCAAAAAGGACGACGACGCGGUGCCCUGGGAUUUCUGGACGCCGUUCAAAGCGGCGCAACGCGGACACCAGGAGGUCUUCGAGUGGGUGUGCGAGCAGAGCAAGGGGAGGUUCAACCUCCUCCCGAGCGCGAGGAUAGCCGCGCAGUUUGGGCGCGCGGAGAUUCUGCGAUACAUCGUGUCGAAGGCGCCCGGCCGGAAUUACUGGAAUAUGUUGGCGAAUGAUAACUAUGGGCGGGGGUAUGGGCGCAAAUCCGGCUUCAACGUCGACGUGGGAAGGAAGUGGCAUAAGCACGUCAUCGCGCUCGCGGUCGCGAACGGUAGGCUCGAGUGCGCGAAGUUCCUGUUGACGCGAUACGCUUUUAAACAGAAAGCCGAACUUUGCAAGAUGGCCGCCGCGGGCAACGCCCUGCCCGUCCUUCGAUGGCUCGUGGAAGAGCAGAACUUCCCGUUCGACGUGCGCUUCUGCGUCGGUUUGCUCAUCAGGGACGCGGACAAUUGGAACGAGGACACCGUUGGCGCGAUCGGCGACGUUGAAGAUUUUCGAGCGAAACGCCCGGAGGAGUGGGCCGUCGCGCAGACGCUUUUGGACGUCGCGAACGCGCGAAAGAAAUAA